CGCUGUUCUUAUCAGCAUUAACAUUUACAAAUGUUCUGCACAGGAAGCGUCUCGACGGGAGAGUGCCAAAGGGCCAUAUUCUCACGAGAGGCUGUUUAGGGGGCUGAGCUUCGUGUAGUGAGGUCUUCAGAAACACUCUCCAAGGACGAUGUACGAAAAGGGCGUCGCUCUCUUCCCCGCCAGGAGGAAGUUGGCGCAUUUCACUCUGUUUCUGCUUCGAGUAAUAACAGCUAGUGUCAUGGCUUCGGAAUGUGACCCUGCCUGCCUUGGACAUCGCCUCGUGCAAAUUGGGCUGCCCCUCUUGAACGACACCGCUGUGAGUUACUGGUGGCCCGGACAAGCCAUUGAAUCAGUCCGCAUCAAUGGAAACGGACUGGAGAUGAUCUCGGAUGUCCCAGAGGCGAAGAGGAACCAAUGGCACGCCCUCGUUACACAGUCCAGGUUCUCACAGGAGGACGAGUUGAUGCUUAAACACAUGGGUGCGCGCCUCGGGGGUUGGUACACAGUGUCCAUCCCCACCCUGGACAUCUUUGUAAAUGUAUCCUGUAACGGAUUGAGCUGCAAGAACGUGGCAGUUAUAAGCGACCAACCCAUGACGUGGGCGUUAGGGUGCGCCAACGCUCCUUGUGGAUGUCCGAGCGAAGCGGCAAAGGAGUGCGCCCUGGGUGGGGUGCAGAAGACAGGCUGCGACAUCCUCUACCUCACCCAAGCUGGAAUGGUCCUCGACUCCCCUCUGAAGGUGUUCUGGCGACCUCUGCUCCUCCAUUCAAAACUGAACUUCUUUUGGGGUACAGAGGAUGUGUUUGCCGAACCCUACGUCAUUUCCGCGGUCCGAAAAGCACUGCACACCUGGGUUCCUUUUGAGAUUCACACGCGGAUUGUGGAGAUUGGGAACAAGAUAGUACGAGAAUGCAAUAUGACAAUACCCGGUUACGAUUUCGGUACAAAGUGUUCAGACGCUGAUAAAGCAGUGUUGUUUUAUUCUACUGAACCUGCUGUCAUAGCUCUCGGGUGUGACGUGCCACCAGUCUACAAAGAUACGGCAGUCGGGUUGCCUGGUUGGGCGUUUUGCGUUAUGGCUCUCAUCUUUAUCGGCCUUUGUGUCUCCGCCUUCUGCGUCGUCAGGAGGAGGAGGAGGAGGACUCGCCGCCUAGUGACCGCUUAGACAGAGGUAUCUCAUUCUUCAACCACAUCAUAAGACAGAUUUGUACCCAACCACUUUUCUACAACCUGGACAUCAGUCCCACGGCGCUUUGCGUAAUCCAUCACCUGCAGAGAAACAUUUUUUUUUUUUUUAGAGAUGUUCUCCAAU